UUUAUUACCACAUAGAUAUUACGCGAUAUUACGCAAGAGUACCAUGGUUAUUCAUAAGCUCGAUUCGAAUGCAAUUUCCUUCACCUGAUGGAGUAAUCUAGAAUUAUAAUACGCAAUUAAUAAAACGGGCUUGGCUGUAACUUUGAUCGACUUUCAGUUGUGGUCUCUUUUAGCUUUGAUUCGCAUAGUCUUUCUGUGGUGGUGUGAACACGCCAGUGUGUGUUCUCCUUCUGCAUACUUUGGUCUACCGUUACGUCUCAGUGGCUUUCAUCUAGACGAAUGCAUCUGGUCCCAAAUGUUACAAAACAAUAAAACAUAGUACAACGUAAAACGGCAUAAUACAACAUUGUACUGGAUGCUGAAAUUUAAUUAAUGAAAGUCGUUUAAAACAAAUUUGCACAUUUUACCAAUUUUCUGUUCCGUCUAAGCUUUGCGUCGAUUGAUACAAUGCAGUUGGAAAGUUACAGGGAAAGUUGGGUAUAACGAACGCUUCGGUUCCUAGUAUAGAUAAAUUUCGAUUAACGAUAACAGUUUUGUUGUGUUUAAAUUAUUUUAAACGUUUCCAACUAUGUAUAUCGUUGUUUCUGCACAGUUUAAUGGGUUACAUUUAUGUCACCGUUAUCACCACCGAAGAUAAGCUUACGAGGAGAAAUACUAUUCGCAAUACCAAUUGUUCCGUUACAUGACCCUUGAGUAAUCGGGGCUUCUACUGUAUAUUAAAGAACAGAUUAGGACAGUGGCGCACAAUUCUUUUUGCAAAUUGACCAGAUGGAAGGAAAUAAUAAUUCUAGGUUUAGAUUUUCUACGAAAUUAUUCGAAACACUACAGAAUUUAUAAAGUACAGUCUUUUCUUUUACGAUUUCUUUUGUACGGAUUUUUCAUUUGUUUUUGUUAUUAUAUCGUUAGCUAAGCAAACAUGAUUUUGUGAACCACUGGGUUCCGAGUGACAUAAUGCGAGAGAAGUAUACGGAACUGAUUGAAUUUUCACUGAAACAUGCAUGAUUCACCUAACUUGUCGUCCUUCAAUUAUUUGCAAACUGUUCGUCGUAUUAAAGAGUUGUUUAAACAAAUGUCGCUCGCCGUCGACUAGAACAGGUUAGAAAAUAAUUAAUUACUUGCAACUGCGAGGUAUUUUAAUUUGUAAUCGACGAGAACGUCGAAUGCCGAGUGACAAAUUGCCAUAGCAAAUGUGAUCAUGUUAUGAAACGCUCUUAGUUCGAUCUACAAGGAAAGAAGAAUUUCGACAAUCCCUUUCUAUUUCAUUUCUUUAUUAAAAAUUAAUUAGAGAAAAGGCAGGUUAGUCUUAGCUCGGACUAAAAUUUUAAGAUCUAAAAUUUUGCGAGAUAGUUAGAAGGUGUUUGGCACGUAGAUUUAAAAGAUCAUUGAAGUAAGGACAACUCUAAUGCACGCGAUUCUAACUUUUGCAUGAUUUUUUGAUUGUCCUUCCGAAUAUUUCAUUUUAUUUCAUUGUAUUUAAAAAUAAGAUCGAGCUCCGCGAAUAUCAGUUUACGGAACUGCACUUUUGGUGGCAACUUCGUAUACUCUCUUUGCAAUUGUUGUUAACACGUUACUGAUCAGCGUCACAGUCGCAUGACUCUCGACAAAUUAUCACGGUAGCGCGUCAAUAGGGUGUGCUUAUAGAAAUUAUAAACGAUGACAGGAUGGAAACGAGCACAGAAUGUUACAAAUUCAGCAAUAAACAUUCCUAGGAAAUAGCUACGACGAAUGGAAAAUAUUUGUAGUAUCAUCACAGUUGAAAGGAACAUAUUCAUAUAUCAACAUAUUCUGGUUUAGGUGUGACACCCUGUAUAAGAUUUUAAUUCCACAAGCUAAUGGAGUCUUCAGCAGUAGUUAAAUGACAACCCAUAAUAUGUUAACAGCUAUAAUAUUGUUCUAGUGGCAAGCAAUUAUUCCCAAUCUUCCUUAUACGGUGUUCUUUGUAAUUUAGAUUAUUGUUCAGAUUCUGUAGACCCCUGUGCACAGACGUAGUUAUCCAGCGAGGCUUAACAAACGUUCGUACAAUCACUGUCUGACAAUUGUUUGCAUAACAAUUGCAUUCUUAUUGUUUCAGGAUUGUGUCACGUGUAUUAUACAUGAAUGGUUGGAGAUUCGCCAGACAUCGUUGGAGAAGGAUCGGUCUCAGAUCAGGGAGACGUAGAAAGAUGGCAGGAUAAUCCGGGUGUGGUGGCCUUGAGUUUCGCGCUUUUUGGCUGCUUCCUGCUAAAUGUCAUUCUUCUACUCGCAUUCCUCGUGCGUCCUUCGUUGAGGACCAUUUCCAACAGGUUCGUCAUGAAUCUAACCGUAUCGAACCUGUUGGUGUGCGCCAUCAUGAACCCUCUUCUGAUCAUGGACACCUCGACGCCAUCGGGAUCCGCGCAAAUAGUCCGAUCGGCGCCGGUUGGAAGUAUUUGCGCGAUAUCUGAAGGCGCCAUCGCCGUCGUAACGACCUCCUCGGUGCUCUCGGUUCUCUUGAUUGCCAUUGACCAGUACUUCGCCGUGGUGGAUCCAUUGAGAUACCGUGCACGCGUAGACAAACUGAAAUGUGGAAUUCUGAUAAUGUCCACCUGGCUGAUCUCGAUCAUCUUCGGGCUACUCGCCUUCUUCAACCCAGAUCCACGAGGCUUUUGGCUUUCCUGCGGCUCGAAGAACGUCACCUGGUCCCCGAACGUGACCUCCUACGAUCCAGCGAUGACGGAGUCGUCCUCGCUCUCCGUUCUAGAAAGCGAGAUCGCAGAGCUGAACGUCAGCGGACUUCCUGAAAUAUUGGAGACGGUCGAGUCCAUCAGGAUCGAUGACGAUCUAGAUCUCAUAGAGAACACCACCGUAAUCUUCGACACUCUGAUAGGCGGUACGAUCACUUACGGUUUCGUCUACGCCCUCCUCUACGCCAUAUUCGCCUACUUCAUCCCCUUCGCCGCAGUCUGUUGGAUCUACGUCAGCAUCUACGCGGCAGCCCACCGAAACUCCGAAAGAGCAAGACGCAGCGGUUCCAGGCCCAUCCUGUCGUCUGCUAGUUUCAGCGAGGAACAUAACGGCUUGUCGAGGCUGCAACGUCUUCAAACUGACACCAUCGAAGACUUCCGCAAGCUACCAAAAAUCUCCAGCUUGUCAUCCAUUGACGAAACCAGCGAGACCAUGCAACCGACUGGCCAGGUGUCGCGAAAACGUUCCUUCUCGUCGUCGAUGGAGUUGGAGGUGCCUCUUUCCCCCGGCGACGAUCAGGUUUCCUCGGGUAUAGUCUUCACGGUGGGUUUGCAGAAGUUGGAGGUUUCCGAAGAGAAAGAUCGAGAAAGUUUGAAAGCUAGUCAUGACUCCAUUCUCGAAGGUCUUGUUGGAAAGUCGCCUCAGGGUCGGUCCAAUCAGGAGCAAACCUCGCCUCAGGAUGGUCUUACGUCUGAGAGAGGGGACACCUGGCUCUCUAGGACCUUUGAAGAAGCUAGUGAUUCGGAAGACGAUGCUCGAUUCGUUUGCUUCCACACCUUGGACGUUCUGGAUAAAAGAAUGUUUCUGAUUAAUAGAAAAGUUUCUCCGUCUUUUGGCGGUUACCAGUCAUCCUUGAAGAAUCCUCUAAAAGUCGCUGCGAUCAUUGAAGAAGGCGACAAAGCAAGCGAAGCAAAGGUAGACCUCGAGCCAAAGGAGUCAGAGGUAGUAACGGAUGAAGCUUGCGCCGAUGAUCGCGCCCCUGACUACCUGGUACAGGUCGAAAUGGACCUAGAAAGCCAGGAUGGAGAGUCGAGAAUAUUUCAGGGUCUUUUAGAAGACAAGUCGUGUCGCAGGACGCCAACGUUCGCUGCGCAAGACGUUAUUAUAUCUAACGAACCCGAGAAUUUAAGUAACAAGACUGAAAGAGAUACAACCGCUGCCAGCAACGCAGCAGAGCCUUCUACUGGUCUCUUAACGCCAAUAGUGACCAUCACGCCAGCGCCAAACAAAAACGAAGGCCUGCACCGCGUGUCGAGCGUCAGGAGCACGUCGAGCUACAUAAGUACUCUGAAGGAUAGAAUAAGCAAUGGGUCGAUUUUUCGACACAGAGAGGAAACCAGAGCGGCCAGAAUAAGCGCUUUGGUUAUAGUGAUGGGUCUAAUCUGCUGGUCGCCGUAUGUGAUACUGUUGAUACUGAAGAAUCUACCUCAAGCAGCUGACCAACGUUUGUCUCACAAGUACGACGUGAUGGCGUCCAGUUUCUUAGUUCUGGCUGCUUACGUUACCCCAUUGCUGUUCGGUUAUCGCUCUAAACGCGUUAAACGGGAGCUCAGGAGAUUCUUCUGCUUCAGAAGGGAGCUGUCCUACAAAAACAACAGGAGCUUAAUGGCGAAGAAAGUGCUGAAGAGGAGGCACAGCAGCACGCUGAGUCACCUCGAGAUGGAUCACAAGUACAACAUCUUUAAUUGCGUUUAUGGAAGGAACCGGUGGCCGAAAGAAAAAGUUCAGUUUGUUCAAGUGCCAGACACUGCGCUGGCUGUCGAGACUUGCAGGAGUAGCUUCUCCAGCGGUGCUAGCACUCAAAUCUCCAGCACCUCCACGGAGGAAUGUUGAUGAUGUUCCUGAUACCUCUGUUGAUUAUUGUUCGGGAUACUUAAUAGAGUCGAUAGUUUCUUCGGAUCAGUCGUAGUCGCUGUUACUCAUUUGUUACUCACAAGGAGAGGUCUGAUGUUGAUUUCUUGAUUAGCUUGUGCACAGUGGUAGAUGAUAAAUAAACUGUGGAUCUUGAUGCAUUUAUGGGAAAUUUGAAUGCGGGAAACUACAGAAUGCACACAAUCUGCAAGAAUAUAAAGAAAUAUUUAAAGUAAAGUUCAUAUUACAAUAUUUGCAGAGUAAAAUAAAUUCUGAAUCAGUAUCAAUUUUUGUAGGUACGUUUGUAAAGUCAACAUUACCUUUCAAGACCUCUGCUUGUUAAACAGACCGUGUACGUAAGGGUGUGAAUGUUGAUUGUCUGAAGAUAUAAUGUUUGAAAGGAUUGAAGCAAGAAUGCUGUGCAACGAACCAAUGAGAUACAUGAUAGCACUUGACAGGAAACUUAUUUAUGGAUAUAUGAAGUUUCCUAUGAAUGACGUUGUGUAGAUAGAGUGAGUCAUUCUGGUUCUAUUCUGUGGCUUGAGAUUGUCUGCAAACAUAAUAUUUAGAAAGUUAAGGCAAGAAUGCAGUGCAACCUACCAAUGAGAUAAAUGUUGGUACUCCAUAGGAAAGAAUGUGUGUACAACACACUUGCAUGAAACUUCCCAGGCAUAAAUGGGCCUGAACCAUUUUGAUUUCAAAAUGGCCUAAUUAAUUGAAAUUAUAUAAGCAAAUCUAUGGUUUUCCAACAUAGUUAUACGUUACUUAACUGUCUUAAUUGUCUAACUAUGUAACUGAACUUGACUUAUCUAAGACAUACGUAAAUUUUAAGUUACUCUGUGUUAACAUAAUCAGACUAGGAGAUUUAUACAAUUUGUCAAUAUAGACGACGCUGCACUGAAGAUAUAGAUUUUACGUUUAUGUAAGCGACAAACUUUGAUACUUUAUACCGUGGCAUUUAUGGAAUGCGUGCGUUAUACACAAUUUCUGUACAUCUAUACAGAAUGUUUUAUAGCCCUCGAGCUAAGAUAUCUUUCAUUUUUAAGAUAUUCCGAAAGCUUCGUUCUUAAACUAUUUAAUUUUAAUGUUACAUUUAACGCAGUUUCUGCUACGGUGCUCAAUAUUUAACGAAACAUAAACAGAAACUUAAACGGUAUUACUGCAGCUCGGUACAUUGACAAUAAUUUUUUUUUUUUUUUUAUAUUCUACUUGCUUGUAACUGCAGCUCUAAAGCAAUCAACGCAACUAUUAGAAUUUACACGACUUAACAUAACAUCUGGCUGAACUAUUUAUUGAUAGAUCUGUCAAAGUAUUUUCGCAAGUAUAACUAUGUAAAUAAGUACACAGCGUUGCAUGACAAAUCUUAACGCGAAUCCUUGAAGUGUUUCAAGGAUGCUUUCCGACUAUUUUGUACAUUACAAAUACAGUAUCUUUAUUUAUAUUAAAUAAUCUGUACAUACAACGUGAUUUGAUGAUGAAUCUUGGUAACGAAUCUAUUGUCUAUCGUAUAUUACAUAGCUGGUGCGUCGCGUGUUUGUGUGUGUGGAUCUGUAUAUGUGUGUGUUUUAACAUGUAUUUUGCGUACCUGUAUAAGACACGUAUACAUGUAUAUUUCAGUAGGCUGUUUUUAUUAUACAAUGAUAAUAAAAUCAACUACAUACUUGUCA